GCCUCUGUCCGUUGUCUCCGGGUCUGUCCCAGGAACGCGUCGGCUCUGGAGUGGAUGGUUGUCGGCCUGGUCCGGUCCCGGGGUGACUGCUGCGGGAGGACCGCAGUGAGGACGGGAUGUCCUGGAAUCAGGCUAUGGACUCUGUAUCAUUUGAGGAUGUAGCUGUGGACUUCACCUGGGAUGAAUGGCAGGUACUUGACACUGUGCAGAAGACCCUCUACAGGGAUGUGAUGCUGGAGAACUACAGCAGCCUGCUGUUCUUGGGGCACUGCAUGACCAAACCUGCGUUGAUCUUCAACCUGGAGCAUGGAUUUGGUCCGGGGAGUGUAGACAAAGCCUCCAUCCAGAGCCUCCCAGGGAACUUAAAGAGUGCAGAGCUCCGGUACAACAGAGGGGUCCCCAGAAGUGGAAUACCAUUGAGCAUCUAUGUACAUAUAGUGACUCCCACGAUGGAAAUCAUGUUUCAAAGUGAGAAGAGACAUUUGUUGCAAGUUGGAAUCGAGAACAGCAAGACUUCCAAUGAAGAGGUUGUUGAAGUAAGAACAGCUAAUGCAGACCUAAAUGUGCAAGAGAAAAUCCAGCAGAAAAAAUCUUUUGAAGGUAUACUAUGUGUGAAGUCAUUUUACCAGAAGUCACACCACUCUAGGAAUCACACAAAGAGGAAAGAUUUCAGUUAUAAAUCUAUUUUCACAAAAAGACUUCAUAGCGUAGAGAUACCUUGUGAUCAUGAAGAAUGUCGAAAUACUUUUAAGUCAGAACUCACUGUACACCAGACAGCUCAUUCCAGUGAGAAGCCCUAUGGAUGUCGAGAAUGUGGAAAAUCUUUCUACAGCAUGUCUGGGCUCACUAAACAUCAAAGAACUCAUUCAGGUGUGAAGCCCUAUGAAUGUCAACAAUGUGGAAAGGCCUUCUAUGUAAAUUCUGAACUCGCUGUACAUCAACGAACUCAUACAGGUGAGAAGCUCUAUGAAUGUAAACAGUGUGGAAAAUCCUUCUACAGCAAGCCUGGGCUCACUAAGCAUCAAAGAACUCAUACAGGUGUGAAGCCCUAUAAAUGUCAACAGUGUGGAAAAGCCUUCUACAUAAAUUCUGAACUUGCUGUACAUCAAAGAACUCAUACAGGCGAGAAGCCUUAUAAAUGUAAAGAGUGUGGAAAAGCCUUCUACAUAAAUUCUGAACUGACUGUUCAUCAAAGAAUUCAUACAGGUGAGAAGCCCUAUGAAUGUAAACAGUGUGGAAAAGCCUUCUAUAGGAAGUUUUUACUCACCAGACAUCAAAGAACUCAUAAAGGUGAGAAGCCCUAUGGAUGUCGAGAAUGUGGAAAAUCUUUCUACAGCAAGCCUGGGCUCAUUAAGCAUCAAAGAACUCAUACAGGUGUGAGACCCUAUGAAUGUCAACAGUGUGGAAAAGCUUUCUACAUAAAUUCUGAACUCAUUGUACAUCAAAAAACUCAUACAGGUGUGAAGCCCUAUGAAUGUAAACAGUGUGGAAAAGCCUUCUACAUAAAUUCUGAACUCACUGUCCAUCAAAGAAUUCAUACAGGUGAGAAGCCCUAUGAAUGUCAACAAUGUGGAAAAGCCUUCUACAGGAAAUCUCUACUCACUAGACAUCAAAGAACUCAUACAGGUGAGAGGCCCUAUGAAUGUAAACAGUGUGGAAAAUCCUUCUACAGGAAGUCUGCACUCACUAAACAUCAAAGAAUUCAUACAGGUGUGAGGCCCUAUGAAUGUCAACAGUGUGGAAAAGCCUUCUCUGUUAAGUGCCUUCUCACUGUGCAUCAAAGAACUCAUACUGGUGAAAAGCCCUAUGAAUGUCAACAGUGUGGAAAAGCCUUCUCCAUUAAGUGCCUCCUCACUGUGCAUCAAAGAACUCAUACAGGUGAAAAACCCUAUGAAUGUCAACAGUGUGGAAAGACAUUCUCCAUUAAGUGCCUCCUCAUUGUGCAUCAAAGAACUCAUACAGGUGUGAAGCCCUAUGAAUGUCAACUGUGUGGAAGAGCCUUCUACAGAAAUUAUGAACUCACUGUACAUCAAAGAACUCAUACAGGUGAGAAGCCCUAUGAAUGCAAACAGUGUGGAAAAUCCUUUUACACCAACUCUGUGCUCACUCACCAUCAAAGAACUCAUACAGGUGUGAAGCCUCAUAAAUGUCAACAGUGUGGAAAAGCUUUCUACACAAAUUUUGAUCUCACUGUGCAUCAAAGAAUUCAUACAGGUGAGAAACCAUAUCAGUGUACAACAUGUGGGAAAGCUUUCUUCCGUAAUUACCACCUCCAUAGGCAUCAGACUACUCAUGCAAUUCUGAAAUCAAACAAGUCUGACAUUAUAUGAAUACAGCAUGUUGUAAAGCUGUUAAGAGCAACAUUAAUGUAACCUUCCAUCAAUUCAUGUGGAGGAGAAACCCUGUGAAUGUGAACAAUGUGGAAAAACCUUAGCAGCAAGUCUUUGCUCACUAUGCACCAAAUACAGGGGAGAAACCCUAUGAAUGUAAACAGUGUAGAAGAGCCUGCCAAAUGUCUACUCUCAGGGAUUGUCAAACAACCUACACAGCAGAGAAGCCUUAUAAAAUAUGAACCAUAUGGCAGAACAUUGCCCACUAACUGUGCUCUUGCUCUACACAUGUGAAAAUAUAAAUGAGAAGCCCUUUGUACAGAAUUUCUGUUCUCAGGGCACAGGACAGAUCUCAUGCAGAUAGGCAGCCCUAUGAUUAUAAACUGUUGAAAACCUUUCUGUAGCAUUUCUGAGCUAACUGCAAAUCAAAGAGCUCAUACAGGUGUAAAGUCUUCUGAUGUCAAACAAUAUGCAACAGCCUUUGAUCAAGUGCAUGCUCUCAAGAUGCAUCAUAGAGGGAGGAGCCCUAUGAAUAUAAACUGUGGAAAAGCCUUCUGCAAAAUCUCAGAUUAUGCAUCUCAACUAUCAGCUGAAAAAAUUCUUUUUGCAGCAGAUGAUGAUUAAUAGAGAUGCACAAUGAGUCAACAUGCAGAGAAUAAGACUUCGGAGUGCUCAGCCCUAUAUGGGACACCUAUGUCACAUCUUCUUGUCCAAAGGCUCACGGAUCAUUGCAGAAGAGAGGGCAGAAAGAUCGUAAGAGCCAGAGGUGGUAGAUGAACACAAGGAAACUGUUGUGGCCCCCACAAUGCCUUGAAACCACAGUGCUGUGGCAACAUCCAAAUACCUGUGUAACUAAAAACAAAACCCCAGCAUGGAUGUGAGAGGUUGGCAAGAAGCCCCAGCCUUAGCUGAAGAUCUAUUGGGCAUUGAUAGCUGCUGGGAGACGUACAGUUCAUUUUCCUUACUGGCCCAAUGCCUGGUGGAUUGACCAGAUUUCACAGGAUAGGUAUUUACCCAAGAGAAAUUUGGAAACACGUAUUAGAUUUGAUGUCUUUAAGUAAAUAAUAAUAGAAAGAAUGAAGUUGAGAGGCUAGUGAGAUAGGAAUAGAGAGGGAAUAGAGGUUUGAAUAUGAUUGUAUGAAAUUCUUGACCCAAGAAUAUUUUUUUAAAAUCACAUGAAAUUCUCAAAAAAAAUUAGCUGGGAUGGGUGCAUGAAUUCCUUCACUAUAGGCUAGAAUUCAUAUUUUUAGAAUGCUCUCUGGAAGCCCCUGGGGAGAACUAUCACCAAUAGUAUUAUUUUGCAGUGGGCCUAGAUUGUUACCCCAGCUUCAUGCAAUGCAAGAUAUGACCACCAGUUCAGUAGUGUCACACAGUCAAAUAAUUUCUAUUUGAAUUUUAGGUUCAUUAAACAUGCAAUACAUAUUUUGACUGUAAAUCAAGGGAAAUUAAAACUUUGAAGUUAA